AUGAAUAUGUUGGAUGAUGAAGAUGACCAAAGCUUUCACGCUACGCGUGACGGCUACUCCCAUUUGAGCGAUGUCGAAUGGGAUGCGGUUGAACGAAUGGGUUCGACCAUGGGCAUCCAUGCUGUUAGCGUCAUGCUAGAGGCUCUCAAUAGAGAUGCCCAACAUGCUACUAUCGCCAAGUUCAUUCAAAAUGAACUUGACGCAGAACGCGAGAAAGUAGCCUUGCUUCACCAACAAGGUUCUCAACAAGCAGAGUUGUUGAGAGAACAAGGUGCUCAACAGUUUGAACUGUUGAGACAGCAGCAGGCUGCUGCUGGCGGGUCGAUGCACUCGCGUCGGCCCGAGACUUUGAAGAUUGACAUCUCAAAGUAUAGGGGGGUCGAAGAAGACUCCCUCUUGAGAUGGUUCGUCGAAUUGGAUGACGCCAUAAGGGCGCGUCGCAUCGACGACGGGGAUAUGCAAGUUGCAUUUGGCCAAUCGUGCCAAGACUUGGGCUUUGGGGCUCAAGUUGCACGAUCCAUAUGA